GCCCUCAGGGUGGGGGCGGCCCUGGGCCGGCGGCCGCCUUUUUCCCCCGCCGAGCCUGCUCGGGCUGGGCUGGGUUGGGCCGGCGCCGUGUGCUCCCCCCCGGCCGGCCGCCAGCUGCCGCGGCGGGAUGAGGAUUAAGGCUGCCGGGCCCACGGGCCGCGGGGCUUUGCGGGGCGGCCGGGUGUGAGGUUUGCAUACCUGGGAAAUCUGACGAGGUUCUCCUCAAACUAAACAGAACUUGAAGGUUGCCAUGUUCAUGUUGCUUAUGUUUGGAUUGCUACUGCAAGAAAUCCUGGCUAAUUCCCAAGAUGAAAAUCUUACUGAAUUCAAAAACAUUCCAGAAGAACCAUUAUAUAGCUACAAAACUAUUAACUUGCCAGAUGAGCAUAUUCCAUACUUUCUGCACAACAAUCAGCACAUUGCUGGCAUCUGUAAACAGGACUCUCAUUGCCCAUACAAAAAUUACUUGAAGAAACUAAAAUCCUGCUGGGGUUAUGAGAAAUCCUGCAAAUCAGAUUACAGGUUCAGUUACCCGGUGUGUGAUUAUGUUGAAACUGGAUGGGCAAAUGACAUUGAGACAGCCCAACAGAUAUUCUGGAAACAAGCUGACUUUGGUUACGUACGAGAGAGGCUGAAUGAAAUGAAAACCCAUUGUAAGCCUGCAGUAACAGGAGAUUCAUCUCUGGCCUGUUCUCAAUACCUUCAGCAUUGCAGGGCGACAAACUUAUACAUUGAUUUAAGAACUGUAAAGAGAAACCACGACAGAUUCAAAGAAGACUUCUUCCAGAAGGGAGAAAUUGGAGGUCAUUGUACCCUUGAUGUUCAAGCAUUUUUGGCUGAAGGUCAACGCAAGAGCCCUCUGCAGUCUUGGUUUGCAGAACUCCAGACAUUUACUGCAUUAAACUUCAGGCCUCUAGAUGAUGACAAGUGUGACGUUGUUAUCGAAAAGCCAACAUACUUCAUGAAAUUAGAUGCAGGUGUUAAUAUGUACCAUCACUUCUGUGACUUCGUCAAUCUUUAUAUCACACAGCAUAUCAAUAAUUCCUUCAGUACUGAUGUCAACAUAGUCAUGUGGGACACUAGCUCGUAUGGCUAUGGUGACCUGUUCAGUGAGACAUGGAAGGCAUUUACCGACUAUGAAAUAAUACACCUGAAAACCUUUGACUCUAAAAGGGUAUGCUUUAAAGAAGCAGUCUUCUCAUUACUGCCUCGGAUGCGGUAUGGCUUGUUUUAUAACACACCAUUGAUCUCUGGCUGUCAUGGAACAGGCCUAUUUAGAGCAUUUUCUCAGCAUGUGUUACACAGAUUAAAUAUCACCCAAGAAGGACCCAAGGAUGGGAAAAUUCGAGUCACAAUACUUGCACGCAGUACAGAUUACCGGAAAAUAUUAAACCAGAAUGAGCUUGUGAAUGCUUUGAAAACAGUAUCAGCGUUGGAGGUCAAAGUGGUAGACUACAAAUACAAGGAACUUGAAUUUUCAGAGCAGUUGAGAAUCACGCAUAACUCUGAUAUAUUCAUUGGGAUGCACGGAGCUGGACUUACCCAUUUACUCUUUCUACCAGAUUGGGCUGUUGUUUUUGAACUAUACAACUGUGAAGAUGAACGUUGUUACCUGGAUCUGGCAAGGCUGAGAGGCAUUCAUUACAUCACUUGGCGAAAAAGAAAUAAAGUAUUCCCUCAAGAUCAGGGGCACCACCCAACACUGGGGGAACAUCCAAAAUUUACAAACUACUCUUUUGAUGUGGAAGAAUUCAUGUACUUGGUGCUUCUGGCUGCAAAUCAUGUUUCACAGCAUUCCAAGUGGCCAUUUAGGGUAAAGCAUGAUGAAUUCUAAAUUAGACUGAAAUACUAUUUUUUAAAUAAUGCUCCAUAAAAUAUUGUAACAACAUAAAGCAAAAUGCUGGUGUGAAAAAAGUAAACCUCUACGAGGGAAGUAACUCAUUAAUUUGUCAGACCACUUCAGGGCACCAUACCUUACCUUUGUCAUCUGUCUCUUUAAUUCUGUGGGUUUUCCGAAUAUAAAAAUUAUCAGAAUAUUUUUGGUUUUCCCCCCCACUAUAUUUUUACAUUCCAGAUUGUGAAAUACUUGUUGUCUUUAUACAAAGAUAUGUCCAUCCAUUUCAUUUAAGAGUUUUUUGGGAGAGGUUAGAUACUAAUUUUGUUAAGUAAAAAUCUGAAUAGGAAUUGUCAUCUUACUGUAAGGCACUGCCCAGUAUGUCAUUUAGAGUCAAGUUACAUGACACAGUAGUUCUAAGAUGUCUGGUUAGUUCCUUUCUGUCACUGUUUGUCAUUGCUGUGCUUGGCCAUUUAUUGUUUCUAGGUUAGAAGAGCUUCCUUUCGAAAAAUAGUGGUUGUAAGAAUUAAGUGGUUAAGGAAAUUUUAAUUUUUGUCGUUUAAUACAAGAGAAACUGCAGACUUCUAUUUCAAGUUCAGAAACAUUUUCAAGGUAGAGAGCAGUGUUUCUGAUGUUCUUGCGUUUGAAUAUAAACUUUGACUUCUCCCUCUUGUUUUAAAUGCUAAAAUAGAACUGAUCUGCUAAGUAGGUUUAGUCAAUCUUCUCUCUCAAAGCAAAUAAAUCUUUUGCUAAGUGAAUACUUACAAACUUCAGGUAUCUGGAUAUUUCCUACAUUUCACAUAAAACAGCACUUCUGCAAUGGAAAACCUGAGCAAAUUGGAAUAAAACCUCAUCUUUUUGAGGAUGCUAAUGGGAAUGGAUUUUUUUUAAUGACAAAUGAUAAGACAUGGUGUAUUUCAGCUGCAGCUGGAAGGAAAUGAAAUCAUGAGGAACUUUGUUUUUGGAAUUGCUAAAAUCUGGAUCUAUUAAUAUUUUUCUUUUUUAAAAAAAAAAAAAGUUGAAGAGUCAGUCUAGAAAACUUUGGAAAAUCCUUCCCCAGUCAGUAGCAUAGUUCGCUGUUUUCAUUGAAGGAAAUACUAAGCCAAAGUUGAGUUCUUUAUAAAAUUCCUGCAGUAGUACUGGGGGGGGAAGGCAGGCUGGGGGAUGAAGUAGUAGUUUUGUAUUCUUAAGUGGGGCCAGAAGGAUGUGUGGAAGAAUCAUUUUCAGUGUGAUUUUUUAAAAAAAAUUUAAAAUUAAAAAAUAAAAAUUCCAUUACACUAUGGAUUUUCUUUGAGACUGUAUUCCCAUGAUAGACUUGCAGUAUAAUCAUAUGGUCUCAGUGGCUUAAAGCAAGGCAUACAUUUGUAUGCAAAAGCAAGACAGUUACAGUAAAUGUAAACACUCCACUGGUAUAAUUGUAGAUAUUAUUGACCGCUGUUCCCUAACAGUCAUAGGCAAUUUCACAGAGUGUAGGUACGUUUACUGACCUGCCUAUACUGGUAAAAAUGAGUUACGGUAAGCAUAAUUUUCAUAUAGAUCUCUCAUGACCUUAAGCAGUGCAUAGGAAAAGCUAGAUACAGCUGAUACCCAAGGUAUAUUGAGGUGUUUGGUGCAAUUUUUAGUGUAUUGUGUUACUGAUGGAUAAAACUUUUACAUUAAAGAACAUUGGAAGCAAAAUUGCACUUCUUGAUAUGGGGGGAAAAGCCUUUAGGAAAUACAAUUUCCUGUAUUUGUGUAUUUUUAAUCUUUUUAGGAUUUUUAAAGAAAUAAAUGUAUAAAACUUAAGUCAGUAAAAUGUCUGAGGAGAGAAGAAAACACAACAAUUCAAAAUAAAGACAUUUUAAGAAUUGUGCACAGAUGUAUUUGAUAACUUUUCUAAUAAAAGCUUUUUAAUAAAAAAGUAUAAAACUUUUGGGCAUAGUUUGUCAGAUUUUGGAGGCAGGUGUUUUUAGAUGCUGUUAGUUGCAUAGAGUCGUGUCGCUGUCUCUUCCUGCCAUGACAACGUGACGUUCUGAGGUCCGAACUGAUACUCAGUUAUUUAUCUGGGAAUCAUUUGCAGAUAGAUCAUGCUGUUGUAUUUGCGCUGAUGGGUUUGUUGCCGGGGGGUUUACGAUUGUUUUGUGGAAUGCAUUUGUGUAUGUUUAACUUCCUGUGCUGCAGAUGAUGCUGUUGAAGCCAGUGUGUGAGUACAAAUGUUUGCAUUUUUACAGAAGCAGCUAAUGAGGAGCUUCGCUUUCAUGCUAUGCUAGGACUCACUAAAGCAAGUGGCCAACCAUAUGCCUGAAUGUGUGCAGGAGAGGCUGUGGGGACUUAAUCCAAGGGCAAAAUAUCCUGAUAAUGUUCACCUGUUCCAGCAAAUUUGAGUGUAAUGUCAACCGUCGAUGGCCAAAGUAUUCUUUAGCCUUUAUGGCUUAGUAUUACUGGGAUGAAAAUACUGUUUUUGUUGACUAGCUUUACGAAUAGUCACAAAAUUAUCUUGGCAGAAGAAAGCCUUUAUUGGAUUGAUGGGAUUUUGCUGAUAAAUCCUGAGAAAACUUGGACAACAGCAAAGAUGUGGCAUGGGUGACUUUCUUAAAGAAGUUCUGGGCCAUCUCGCUCUGCCAGCAAAUUGGAAUUGGAGGGAAUCUGGGUGACUUUGAGCCACUUGUUCUUUAGGCAAGGUAUAGUUUUGGAUUAUAUUUUCCUAACAGACUGUAGGAAUUUUAUUCCUUCCUACUUUUGAUAUUUUUUUUUGUCUGUAGUUCACUGAUGUAUAGAGUCUGUUUUUAACUGGCACGUUGGCACCAGCAUGAUGAAUUUAGCUUUGGCACUUAAUGAAUGCUGCCAAUCCUGAAUGCUACCAGGAUUGCCUGUGUUUCAUGUACAGUGUAAACUGAGAGCUGGUUUUUGAAAUAAAAAUUAACUUAUGAAUGCA